AUGGACAAAACCAUGAUGCGUCGAUUUGGACAGCUACAAAGACUCACUGCAAAUCAUCCAAUUGACGACCUUCUGACAUCCGAUUCAAAGCGUCCAGGCUCAUUGUUCACUGGAAAGCGGAUAGUACUGCGGGAUGAAGAUUAUGAUAGGUUACUUGCAGAGAUGCGGCUAACUUCUCCCCAUGUUCGCCAUCAUCGCCACCUUCCUCAUCCACCAAACUCGCAAGUUCUCCGUCCUCAAGUAGUGACUAAAUCAAGUUGGAAGGUAUCCGAACAUGUGUCUGUCUCGGUUCUCAAACCAAACAACGUGAUCAAGUACAGAAAGGAUGGAAAAUCACAUUACGCUAUGAUACGGCAGAUCUAUAUCAUCCAGAAUCCGACAGGUGGUCACGAAGCAAGAUUUCUUGCCAAUCCAAUUGAAGAUAUAUUUUUCAAAGAUCGAACGUCUCCCUCCAAACACUUCCGAUACAUUGUACAUCUACUCAAAUGUGUCAUAGGUCAAACUAAAGACACUGCCAUCUUUAUAUCUCCAGCCCAAGUUUCGGUUGUUGCUGCGUACAGGCUUUUACCAAACAAUACUUUUGGUAUUGCAGAAGGAGGAAUUGUUUUGCGUCCCUGUGACAAGAGAUCACAAUACGCAGAUUUGUGA